GAGGAUCGCGAGGUGGGGCCCGGGCCGUCUCGCGACGCCGCCAUCUUCCUCAGGGCGGGAUCCCGCGCGCUUUUCCCACCCCCACCACUCUCUUUUUUUUAAACGAAAUAAUUUAAUCAAAGCGAAUGCCAUCGCCGCCACCACCACCACGGCGAUUGUAACCGCUUCAUCCUGCUAUCCUGCCGUCGCGAGCCCGUUCUGACAUUCGUAAAACAAUGUCUGGAAUAGCAUUGAGCAGAUUGGCCCAGGAACGUAAAGCGUGGAGAAAAGACCAUCCGUACGGUUUUGUCGCGGUUCCUACAAAAAACCCUGAUGGGACACUUAACCUCAUGAACUGGGAGUGUGCUAUCCCUGGGAAGAAAGCUACCCCUUGGGAAGGCGGACUGUACAAACUGCGAAUGCUCUUCAAAGACGACUACCCUUCCUCGCCUCCCAAAUGCAAAUUCGAGCCGCCUCUUUUCCACCCCAACGUGUACCCAUCGGGUACCGUGUGCCUCUCCAUCCUGGAAGAAGACAAGGACUGGAGGCCGGCCAUCACCAUCAAGCAGAUCCUGUUAGGAAUCCAGGAACUCCUCAAUGAGCCCAACAUCCAGGAUCCAGCCCAAGCAGAGGCAUACACCAUUUACUGUCAAAACAGGGUGGAGUACGAGAAGCGAGUCCGUGCGCAAGCAAAGAGGUUUGCCCCGUCGUAAAAAGGCCCACGUUGCACCACGCCGGGCAAGAAGAACGUCGUCUCCGUUUGGAAAGCGAGAAAGAAACAAGCCGACGAGCUUGUGCCUUGGCGAUCGAUUUCACCUGCAUUCGCUAUGCAUUUUAUUUGGUCCCUUUAAGCAGUUUUGUCAACAACAAAAAAACCGGCAAAUCUCGAAGAGACUCCGGCACAUUACAGACUUGUCUCAUCAGCGCCGCGCAGAAGUAAAGGGGGCGUGUUUACCUUAAGGAAGACGGUCGGUCGACGUAGGUUAGCGCUCUAGAUAAUGUCUUCAUCUUUAAAGCAGUAGUGGGUUAACUGCUUCCUUUUGAGUUGUAAAGCGUUAUGCUUGAAGCUUUAUAAAAGUGAAGCAGGCUAUAAGCAGUGUAUCUAGGCUAUGUUCUUGUUUAAUUUUUGUUAGGUCUGUUUGGAUUUAUUUUUGUUCUGAGCAAGAAGAAUGGGUACCUGCGGCACAUUUAAAUUGUAAAUUUCAUUGGGUGUAUUUUCAGGUGGUGUUUUCCGUUGCGGAUGUUCCAUUUGAAGUAUAUCGUGAAUUUAUCCCCUGGCAAUAAAUACAUCUGAACCACAUCUAUUGAUUGUGUGUUCAAGCCGGCGUUUUUCAGAGGUGCCAAUGUAAAGCUGAAAUUGAAUACAAUUGCUAACCUUGGUGGCAAAAACAUUUCGAGCAACCAGUCAUGUGCAAUCUGGAAAAUCCGGUCUGGCACUUGUAGUUCACUUGGAGUGCAGUUCAGCUGAAAGAUCUGCGUUUUACUUUUUUAAGUUGCCUGUCGGUUUAAAUUAACACGUGAACCACUGCUUUUUAGAAAAGCCCAAAAUUAAAGGAUCCCUCUAUUCUCUGUUGGUAAGAUAUCUGCUGCAAGUUGCAAAGACUCUUAUUACUCAUUUAAAUAUAUUCCCUUUUUAACAAUGAUGGUCAGAGUUGGGUGGACAGUAAAGGUAACAAUGUUCCAAAAAGCUUUCUUGUUCUCUGGAGAACGGCCAAAUGUUGCAUUGUCAAGGUGACACUACUAAGUAAAUGACAUUUGUGGGUGCUUAAACAUGCUCUUGAAUUUAAUGUUAAAAGUUGGUCCCUUUGUGUCACUACCUUGACUGAACAGACCCAGUAGGCAUGGGUGUGCAUCUUGUUCUGUUAAGCCAUGCCUGUGUUUUCUGGUUAUUGUGUACAGGUAAACAGUAUAAAAAAUAUCAACUCGUUGUACAUUUGUGGAUGGCAUCUGCCGGAAAAAAUGCAGAAACUAUCUUGAAUUGUUUACUUAAUGUCGUGUUUUUCCAUUAAUUCGGGUUAAGGGCCAUCGGAUAAACAGACCUGAAUUAUGUACACCGAUGUAUAGUUGGAGAACGUAUCUCUAUAUGAGGAAAGGUUGUGUGGGAUUUUAACUUUGUGCUUUUUGAUACGCUUCAGUGGGGCCGUCUCAGAUCUGCAGAAAUUUCUGAACUCCACAGCAGGAGCACCCUGUGUCAGCAGGGAAAAGUGCCAUUUAUUUUUGUUCCUGCUGUAAAAUAUUAAUUUGCUAUUAAAUACGGUAACAGCCCCUGACAUGGCUUGUUUAAGGAAGAUGCAAACCAACCGCGAAUGGUUUCCGUAGACAUGUAUAUCAGCUUUGUCUGCCGGGUUAUCCAACACGAAUAAAUUUAAAGCUUUGCUAAGAGAGAGGAAAACAAACGCUCUAAAGUUAGUCGAGCAUUGCAUUGACGUUACAACAUGAACAUGGCAUUGCUAUCAUGAUGUGCUUUAGCUUAACUUUACAGUAUGAGCGACGCUUCGAGUAUAUGCUGGACAAACUAGGAUACAGGUGAUAUAUGCAUCUACAAGAUAACAAUAAGAUAAAUACUUGCAACGAACAAACGCUUUUUUUUGCCUUGUCUGGUGACUGAAAUUAAAUAGGUAUUUUCACUGCAAAUUACUGGAAAGUCAAGGAAUAGUGCUCUUAGUGUGCUCUUGGUAAAUUAGUUUUCUGCUGAGUGGCACUCAAUCGUUAUCGCGCAAUUUAUUUUAGUACCUUUUGUUGCACCAUAAAACGAUGCCUCCAUUCUGGACAAAAUGAAAAAAGUUGGUGUUGCUGGCCGUAAACAUGUGCAUGAUUUUGUUAUUGUCAUUUGUGAAUGGGUUUCUUUUUCCAAUUUGGAAAAAUAUCUGAUUAAUUCUAGCAGGAAGGGGAUCAUGGGAAUGAUGAAUAUGCUUAUUUUUCUGAGGUACCAACACAGGCAAUAUGCAAUGAUAGCAGUUGAAGCCCACUUAAAGGGAAUCUGAAGGGGACAUUUGUUUGAAUAUGCAUUUUACUAUAUUUCACCGUGAUCUGAUUUAAUUGUAAUUAUAUAUGUAAACCUGUUUCACUGAGGUUAAAAUUAAACACUGCACGUAUUUAAUGUUUGUAAUAGGUAUAACGCCUGACACGGCAGCAAUACCAACACAGUUAAUGUUAUCCUUUCAAUUUGGAGGUAAUAUUUUCCUUGAAUGUAAAUUUUGUGAUAUUUUAUUUGGACAAAAAUAUGAAAUGCCCCGCAAUUAUGGGACAAGUGAAACACUUUCUGAACCCCUUAUUUUUAACGCAGAGCAGUGAUGAAUUGAAUUAAUAAACAUUGUCUACAACUUGGGUGAUGUGUGAUACAGAUGGCAAAUGACCAUUAGUUAACUCGGGUCAAGAAUCAAAAUAAGACCAUUCUUUUCGAGUUCGGUGCAAAAAAAUAUCUAUUCCAAGAGACGCAAUGCACGUGAAUACGAGACGGUGGUCCUUAACGUAAACAGGUCCCUGCAGGGUGGGCUGGUAGGAACAUUGGAAUUUUGCGCAAUUUUAUUUUUACAGCCCAACAGCACGAGAUUUCACUUCGUUAAAGUAUUGAAAGGGGACGGACGAACGGACGGACGGACACAUUAAUCUAUUGCAGGCUGGUACACUCAGUUUACAACUUCGUUCCUACCAGUAUAAAGCAGUUCCUUAAAGAGCUGCAUGUGGCUCCGGACCCGCGAGUUUCCGACCCCCCCCCCCCGAGUUAACCGAAGCGAAAUGUGUUAAAAUAUCCACCGUGAAUUCGAAGCGUAAACUUAAAUUCGCCAACAGUUAAUUUUUACUUAAAUUUUGCCGCUUUGUAAUAUGUAUGAUUAUACGGUGACGUUUUUUCGCCCACGUGAUUUAGUCUCCAGUACGAGUUUGCCGUAGGUUAAAUUCUGACGUCGCAGUUUUUGGAAGAAUAUCGUUUGUACAGGGGAACCCGACGUGUGAGCUGAGCGUGCAGGUCUCGAUUCGUACGUGGUGCUUUAUAACAGGCUGUGCACAUCUUAACCUCUGAACGUGUUACUUUGCCGAAUAAACUCUUUGAAUAAACGCACCUGCGAUCUUCUUCUACGGGGGGUGGAUAGUGCUAAAUAUCGGUUGUCUUUUUGCCUGCGUUUUAAUUAUUGUAACCACAGCUUUUGUCUAUGCUAGUAUUGUAUUCGGGAUGAGUGUCGGGAUUAUAAAAUGUAUUUUUAACGAUAAUUUUCUGUUCGGUUUUUUCGGCUAAAUCUGUGUAAUGUCACGUGUGCUAACAAAAGUGAUGUCACUCGAUGCCACCUGACACUGUCAAAAGCAUGGACAUGAUGAAGUGAACAUUCCCUGUGACGUCAUACUUUUGGAACAAUCCGAGACGAAAAAACUAUUUGUGAUCAUACAUUUUGUCCAACAUUUUUAAAGAUGAAUUUGAACGUUGUAAACACACCCUUAUACAUUUUUAUAUUUGAUAAUGUAACCGAUUGGAAAUGUGUUGUGGAUGAAUAUUGACCAAAUAACAACACGUUUUAAUAUAUAUUUAGGAGAUCGACUCGUGUACCACCAUUUCUUAUGUUCUAAACCACAUUAAAGCUGACUAGUUUGAUAUG